AAGUGAGCGAGCUUCGAGCCUUCACGAAAAUGUGCAAGCAGGACCCAAGCGUUCUGCACACGGAGGAAAUGCGCUUCCUGAGUGGGUGGAGAGCAUGGGGGGUAAAAUACCACCUGCUACUCAUAAAACUAAAUUGGAAGAAAAUACCAAGGAAGAAAAAAGAUAGUAAGAAGGCGGAGGAAAACAUAAAGACAGAUGAACCAUCAAGUGAGGAAAGUGAUCUAGAAAUUGACAAUGAAGGUGUGACUGAACCAGACACUGAUGCCCCUCAAGAAAUGGGAGAUGAAAGUGUAGAGAUAACUGAGGAGAUGAUGGAUCAGGCAAAUGAUAAAAAAGUAGCUGCCACUGAUGCCCUAAAUGAUGGUGACCUACAGAAAUCCACUGACUUGUUCACAGAUGCCAUCAAGCUAAAUCCUCGUUUGGCCAUUCUGUAUGGCAAGAGAGCAAGUGUCUUCAUCAAAUUACAGAAGCCAAAUGCUGCCAUCCGAGACUGUGACAGAGCUAUUGAAGUAAAUCCUGAUUCUGCUCAGCCACACAAGUGGCGAGGGGAAGCACACAGACUUUUGGGCCACUGGGAAGAAGCUGCUCAUGAUCUAGCCCUUGCCUAUAAGACGGAUUAUGAUGAAGAUGCUAGUGCAAUGCUGAAAGAAGUUCAACCAAGGGCCCAGAAAAUUGCUGAACAUCGGGGAAAGUAUGAGCAAAAACGUGAAGAGCGAGAGAUCAAAGAAAGAACAGAAAGGGUCAGGAAGGCUCAGGGAGAACACGCAAGAGCCCCGAGGGAGGAAGAGGCCAGAGGACAAUCACGGGCUCAGUGCGGCUCUUUUCCAGGUGGAAUGGGAGGGGGCAUGCCUGGAAUGGCAGGAAUGCCUGGGCUCAAUGAAAUUCUUAGUGAUCCAGAGGUUCUUGCAGCCAUGCAGGAUCCAGAAGUUAUGGUGGCCUUCCAGGAUGUGGCUCAGAACCCGGCAAAUACGUCAAAAUAUCAGAGCAACUCAAAGGUUAUGAAUCUCAUCAGUAAACUGUCGGCCACAUUUGGAGGUCAAGCAUAAUGCCCUUCUGACAAAUAAAGCCCCUGCUGAAGGAAAAGCAACUUAGAUCACCUAAUGGAUGUCGCAAUAAUACAAACCAGUGUACCUCUGACCUUCUCAGGAAGAAAGCUAGGGUGCUUUGAAGAUAAUCCCUACCCCUCUGCCCCAAAUGCAGCUGAAACAUUUUUACAGUGGUUUGCCAUUAGGGUAUUC